UAAUGCAAGUGUGCAAAAUCUGGUCCGGGACGGGAGAAAUCACCACGAUGUUGACUCGGUCCGUCUCGGGGUAAUCUGGUUUGGUUUCGUUUAGUUUUGGUCUAUAAUGGGCAGAUGCGAGCCCGCAUUGUUCAUUGGCGUAGCAGGCGUUUUCAGGUAGUCCAGUCAGACAGGUUCACAGCCAACCUUUGCUCUAUUUACCGGUUAUGUAGACCGAAGCAGGUGGCCAUGAAGGUAGCCACGAGCACGGCGCUUCUACAGCUGUACCUGUACGUGACAGGUGCCGCAGUCUCAGGUGAGGGCGUCGGCGCAGCCGCGCUCGGGGAACUGGGCGACGGCGCGCUGCUUCCGUGUUACCCCGCCGGUAACGCGACACCGAUCUUCACAUGGUGGACGAGGAACGGACAAGAAAUUAUUCAUCGCGAUCUCUUGGCGCCUCCUCCGACCUCCUCGGCCGGGGAGCACUUCCUCAUAUUGGACAAUGGAAGUCUGCGUGUCGACGGAGUCACGCUGAGCGAUGAGGGCACUUACGUCUGCGGCGCCACGUUCCCCAACAGUUCCACCCAAACCAGUGUGCAGCUGCAGGUAGCUGGCGGUCCACAAAAUGUGUCUACAUCCAUCAGUCCCGCCACUACCCUGCCUAAUGGGACGUUCAUCGUCAGCCAGGGUUCAAACGUGUCUUUCAACUGCUCCAGCUCCUCCUACCCAUCUCAGAAUCUGUCCUGGGUCUCCCCCGGCAACCGCUCCCUCGUAUCAGGCGGUGGCUCCUGGCUGGACUUCAGGAUAAAAGACGUCCAGCCCAGCGAUCAGGGAGAGUACAUCUGCGGGGCCCGGAACAGCCUCUCUCACAGGACAGCCAGUCAAAGCACACAGCUGCUGGUAUACUAUACCCCAAACAGGCACCCUGAGUGCCUGUGGAAGCUCAGUGAUGACCCCUCUCAUGUCCAGUUCAACUGCUCCUGGUUUGGGGCGUACCCGACUCCCACACUGCUGUGGGGGGAGAACCACCAUGGUCAGGGAGUCAGCGUGGAAGGCCACCUCUACGUGUCGGAGGAGACCGAGAGCCUGGCGGUGAUGCUGAAUAGGUCCCUGCUGUUCGAUGGUCAGAUGUUGAAAUGCAUGGCGCACCACCCGGUGCUCGCUCCUGGACAAGAGGCUUCCUGUUUGUUUACCCUCAAGCCGCCGUACCCUGAAGGUGAGCCACUGGUCACAGCCUUGGAGGGGACCAAUGUCACUCUGGUGUGCACCGAGACCAGCUCCCUCCCCCCUGCCACCACCGUGUGGAAGAGGGGCACCCAGCAGGAGGACUUCAAGCCCGGGCCCAAGUACGUCUUGUCUGGGGAUGGCCCUGUCUUCAAACUGACCAUAGUCAACGUCAGCAAUGAGGACGAGGGCGUCUACUUCUGCCGUAGCGAGAACCCCCUCUCCAUCAGCGAGCUGGAGGUCUACCUCACUGUGAAGACUUCUUCCGCUUACACUGGAGCAAUCAUUGGGAUUUUUUUAGCCAUACUGAUCGUGGGAUCAGGAGCUGUCAUUGCUAAAACGCUCUACUCCAGCCGGGACCGGGUCUGCCUUGGGACCGGCUUUGGGCGCUUGGAGGAGGACAGGGGGGACGUACUGAGUCUGGUGGAGUCGGACGAGGAGGAGAUCUUUCAAGAUGCCGUACCCAGACUCCCACCUACGGCCAACGGACACCAGACGACACUUGUCCAGAUACACCGCAUCCCGUCCAGUGAGCACGAUGACAGUGAGAUGGCCGAGGCGAGUCCACAGCAGCAAGAGGACAUGGUGCAGACUAAAGAACCAGUGGAGCUUGUCCAAUUUUAGUCAUCGCGUG